AUGAUCGUACGGAUUGCGCCUCGGAGAGCGUGGCGGGUGCGGCGUCAGUGGAGUUAUCGGGUCCAAGUUUCCCAGUGUGAUGCUGCGCCCGCCGGCAGUGACUGUCCGCGGUAGUCCCGUGCCCUCUCCAUAGCACCGCACGCGCAGGAGCCAUGGCGGCGAACAAAAUCCUCAUCUGCGCGGGAGUGGUGACGUUAUUGCAGGCUGUUGGGCAGAUAGUUUUCUGCACCCUCGGCCUGGCUCAGUACUACUGUGUGGUCGAUUUUCUGCGGGAGCUGCCGAUGUUGUUAUACAUCAGAAUCAUGUAUUUCCACAAUCCUGUGCCGUGUGGAGCGCGCAUCAACAUCGGCUCCGCAAUCGAGGGCAUCGUGGACCAGGCCUUUGUGUUGAUCAACAACGAGCCGCUCACUGCCUACCGCACCUUCAUCAUCAACUGCACCAACCUAGGUAUUGCUGGGCUUUGGAUACCUGCGAGCAUCCUUUUAAUAAUGGGUGGCGCUAAGAACUCCGCUUCAAAACACGUCCGGUGGCCAUGGGUGAUGGUGACGGUGACGGCCAGCGGAGUCGACCUGGUGGCGGCCGUCAUUUACACCAACGACUCGUUCUACACUAGGAGUUUGUCCGACAUCAUGGAAUUUAUCGGCGGGGUCGCGAGCGGGAUCGCCAACGCCAAUCUGGACACCACAUGGGUUUCUUGGAUCAUGGUCAUCGUCUACGCGAGGUUCAUUGUGUUCUUCUUCUUCAACGUGAUCCUCGUCGUCAUGGUGAUUGUGGACUGCAACGCCCCUAUACGACCGAUCACUACUGGGACGCAAGUGGAGGCGCCGAUAGGCAUGCGUGAUGUGAGCACGAGCGACAAGGACGUGGAAGAGAGCAGUACGUUCAGCGAGCCGCGAAUGUUCGCGCGCCUCCCGCGGCCCGGCCUGAGCCGCUCGUUCCGGCGCAUGAAGGCGUACCUCUUCAGAAAGCCGUCGCCCACGCCAGUGCCGCCGUCCACGUCCAACCCCGAAUCGUAUAACCCUUCGCCUAACAGAUCGCCGAGAGCUCACCAUGUGGACAUAGAGAAGAAGCGAACUGUGAAUUUCCCCGAAAACCUAUUAUCGCUGCCGCAGCGGUUAGAGAACCUGAUCGCAGAGCAGCAGCGGCGCCUGGACAGCGCCGUCAUCGACACCGCCGGCCGGAACAGCCCGCCGCGCGCCUCGCAGUCCCUCCCACAGUUGCCUUCCACGACCGAGGAGGAGCCUCAAGGGAUCUCGAGCCGGCGCGGCACAGCUGCCGAGCUGCAAGGCCAGCUGCCGUGGGCAUACAUUCCGGCGGCGCGGCGCAUGCGCGACCAGCUGCCGCCCGACGAGGAGCUGCCGCCCGUGCCGCUGCCCGACUACACCGCCAUCCAGCCCUUCAGGAAGGCCUGUGAGUCACCACAUCUUCUUUGA